AAAGGGGAGGCGGGACAGCAGCAAAAGAGAAACAGGUUUACGAGUGAGGAAAGACGCAUCCAACUGGCUCUGGAUUCGUGAAAUCAGCCUUUUUUCCUUCACUGUUUUCUUAAACAAAAGAGAAGAAAUCAGCUGACAGAGAAGUUUCCCAUAGAGAUCCCGGGGAGUGGACCAGGAAGUCUGACCUCCUUUUCACUGCCCAAGUUGUGGCCAACUCCUCAUUAAACCAUGUCUGCCCCUGGUUACCAGCCACCCUAUCCUAUGGCCCCUUAUCCAGGUCCUGGGGGGUACGGAGACCCCAGUCAAGCCCCUCCACCAGGCUUCAACAUGGGCUAUAAUCAAAACGUGCCUCCUGUCAUGUAUCAGCCAGGGCCGGUGGGGCCUGGUCCGGUUCCAGGGCAGGAGUAUGGUGCGCCUCCAGCCCAAGCUCCAGGCCAGGAGUAUGGUGGGGCUGCACCAACGAUGGCCCCAGCCAUGGCUGCUGUUGGGGUCCCACCAGGGCUUGAGUACCUCACACAGAUUGACCAAAUUCUGAUCCACCAAAAAGUUGAACUCCUAGAAGCAUUCAUCGGGUUCGAGACCAACAACCAGUACGAGAUAAAGAACAGCCUUGGCCAGAAGAUCUACAAGGCCAAAGAGAAGAACGACUGCUGCACCAGGAACUGUUGCGGCUCCCUGCGCAGUUUCGACAUGAAGAUCAAGGACAACACGGACAGAGAGGUCAUCCGCCUCAUACGGCCUUUCCGCUGCGUCUCCUGCUGGUGUCCCUGCUGCCUGCAAGAGAUGGAGGUCCAGGCACCGCCAGGCACCACCGUUGGUUAUGUCAAACAGGACUGGCACCCUUGCCUGCCAAAAUUCUCCAUCCAGGGAGCCAACAAAGAGACCCUGAUGAAACUGGAGGGUCCCUGCUUCGCCUGCAACUGCUGCGGUGACGUGAACUUUGAGCUGAAGUCAAAAGCUGACCAAACCAUUGGUCGCAUCAGCAAACAGUGGAGUGGCCUUUUGAAGGAGGUCUUCACAGACACGGACAACUUCGGCAUCCAGUUCCCCAUGGACUUGGACGUGAAGAUGAAAGCUGUGCUCAUGGGAGCCUGCUUCCUCAUUGAUUUCAUGUUCUUCGAGAAGGUCGGGGAGGCAAACCAGCGCAGCACUAUGUUUACAUAACAGAGGAAAAGCAGGAGAAAACAACAGCAUGAGAGCAAGGACUUUCUCUAGUUAUGCAUUGUCUGUUCAAGUACUUUGUUUUUCUGGUCCUUUUUUUUUUUUAAUCUUUCGUCAUCAAAUUCCAGCCAAUAUGGAGCUAAUCAAAGGAUCCUGAUUGCAGAUGUCUUGCCAUGGAUGCCCUAUACAGUUUAUAGACUAGCUGACAUAUACUACCUACCAAAGAAAGAUAGCCUUGCUCUCAGUGUCUUUUUCAAAUUGAAGUAAAAUGGACAUCAUCUUAGAAGUUUGUGUCCAGGUUUUGAAUAUGCUUUAUGCUACACUGGCAUUGACAUUUCAUAUUAUAUUUAUGUCGCAUGUUGAUAUAUUAUAAUUAGUCUACACUCUUACUUGCGCUUUAUAAGGAAAUCACAAUCGAUUUUGUCUAAGUGCAAUACUUCUGUGGGCAUAAAGGCUGUAUUUGUUGCCUUGUUUUUUUUAUAAAGGAACACAAGCGCUGUACAGAAUAUCUGUAGUUAAAAAAAGAACAUGCUACCGUUAUGUAGGGGAGUGGUGAUUAUUUUAGUAAGAGGAAUGGGAGGUUUAGUGUAAUUUCGUAGAAGUCAUGAACACAAGUGUAGAUGCACACUGUGACAAUAUUCACCUCUCAGCUGCCUUCUUCUUUCUCAAAGCCAUCUGUCUUAAUCUACCAGGCCACUGUGUAAACGCUCUUAUGGUCCCACUGUGCUUUAUCGGUUGCCAUGGAGAUCAACGAUGCAUGCUGAACCUCGCCCUCCCGUUUCUCCAAAUACCACUGUCAAACUAAUGAGAGAUGAUAUGAGAGAGAGAAUGUGGAUAGAAAGCAAGUAAAAAGCAGAAGUUGAGGUGAUAAGAGUUAAAAUUGACCUCAGUGUUGGAAAGCCCCUUUAGUGAGGGGCGUUAAAGGAAAUACAGAAACUUUUCAUAAUUUCUUGUAACAGAUUGAUACCUAAAUGUGAACUUGUUUUGACUAUAGUUUUGUUUUCAGGUCAUUUGACCACUGUGCUUUAGAAUAAAUUAACUAAAAAGCUGGUAAAUGUUUGCAAAUGUUGCUUAUUACUCUUGAACAUGACUCUUUUGCUCUGUAUUCACAUGUCUGUUCAUAAGAUCACAUGGGUGUGUCUCCCAUGUGGCUUGUUACCACUCAUCCUCAUAGCUCAGGCCCACAGCUUUCUAUUAUACACUGUUAAAAUGUGUGUUGUUGCCUGUAUGUACAUGCCACCACCAGCCUGUAUGCAAAAUAGCCAAAGAAUGAACACUUUGUGCAAUUAUACAUUUACUGAGUUAAUCUGCAGCUUCUUUUUUUAAUCAAACAAUUUUAUCUGCAGUGUUUGUUUGCUGUAUUUCUAUCAAAAAACAAUUUUGUACCACUUUUCUGUGACUCUCAUAACUUGUGACUAUAAAUUACUUUUUUUUUUUUUUACAGACACAAAAAACACCCUGUAGUUCAUAAAUAAAAUAUUAA